AUGGCGCCCCUCGACGAGCCAACUCCCGCCGAGCUGGAGCAGCAGCUCAAAGACACGAUCCACGACCUCUACCAGAUCAUGGUGCAGGUGACGACCUACAACGCGACCCCCUCGAACCCCUCGGGCCCGGCGCUCUCCGAGUCCGUCCAGGCCCUCUCCCAGUCCCUACAGCGCGUGCACAUGACCGCCACCGCCGGCGCGCCCCCCCAGCCCGACCUGCCCGGCGCCCUCCCCAAGAUCCCGCCCGAGCUCGUGCAGUACGUCGAGAACGGCCGCAACCCGGACAUUUACACGCGCGAGUUCGUCGAGCUCGUGCGCCGGGGCAACCAGCUGAUGAAGGGCAAGAUGGGCGCGUUUGCGCAGUUCCGCGACGUCCUCGCCGACCACAUCGAGAGGGGCAUGCCCGAGCUGCGGGACGACGUGGCGAGGGUCCUGGAGGGGACAAGGGUUGUCGGGAGUGGGAGGCCCGGGGCGAACUGA